AUGCACAAACGUCACCCUGCUGCCCUCCACGCCGACGGCCAGGUUGACCUUUUACAAGGAGGCGCUGUUUCAUGCGAAGGUCGCUGGCAAGCAGCUCUGCUACCGCCUCGAGACGGCGGAAAUACUUGCUUGGCAGCGGUCCCCCUAGCAUGGACUCUCCAGUGCUGCACCCUGGAGAGAUUCAAUGGCAAAGUGGAAGACGAAACCUCCCUGGAGCGCCUGCAGCGAUUUGCGGGCAGCAAACUUGCUUCCCAGCGGGUGCUGGCUGCAGACUUACUGGUGGAAGUUUUGUCAGAAGGCGCAGCAGCAGCCGAGCGCCUCGACGUGCUGCAGCUGCUGCAGCAGAUAGCUCGCUUGGGGCCCCAGCAGCAGCAGCAGCAGCAGCGGCAGCAGCAGCAGCAGCAUUGCCACGCCCAGCAGGAUGGCAAGUGCAGUGCUGCUGCUAGCACGAAGAAGAGCUUCUCCUUCGUGCCUUAUGCGCUUGGAAAAUCGAUUGCGCGAAUGGUGUUGGGGGGGGGCCCCCAAGAGGGGAGGCUGCAGGGGGGGCCCCCCGGAGGGUUCCUCGAUGACAGGGCAGCCAGAGAGGCGCUUUGCGCUCGCGGAGGAGAUAUUGCUGCAUGCGUCAUUCAGGCGAAUCCAGACAGAGGGUACACCCAAGUCUGCGAGGAGCUGCUGCCUUUUUUCGAGGGGCUGCUGCAUGCAGCAGAAGACUCGCAAACCAGGAAAGCAGCCGCUGAUGCGGUCCUGCUAAUUGGCACGCACAUGAGGCCCUCUGAACGCCUCACGUUCCUGCUGCCCGUUGGAAUUCGUUUAUGUCAGUGCAUGGAGAGCUCGCGUCUGCGCUGCCUAUCCUGUCCGUUUCUGCACUUGCUCUCCGAGUUGUUUUCUUGCGAACUGAGACCGCACUUGCUGCUGCCGCAGCUGCUGUUUUUGGCUCAUGAAGACGCUGAUGCAGAAGUUCGUGCUCUCGCCAUCAGACACCUCGCUGCAAUGUCUCCGGGGUUGGAGGUGGAGGCAGUUGAGCAUCGCGUGCUGCCUGUCGUGUUGAAUGCGAAAGUGGAGGCGUCAGAGUUGGGGGAGCGAAUAGCGGCAACUGCAUGCAUCUUUGAUCUGGCCAGGGAAGAAAAGAAGGAGAAAAAGCGAGCGAAUGCUUCUGCCGCUAGAGCGAACCUUAGAACGCUUUCACUACUUGUGCAAACAGAUGACUAUGCCAUGGGGAAGGGUCUGUGUGCCUCUGCGCAGUCUCUCCCUGGUGGCAUCUGCCUCAUGACGCUUCUGCCUGCGUUGAGAAGUUCCCUGGAAGAUAACCAUCCCUGCGUCCGUCUGGCUGCGAAGCAACAACUCUGCUUUUUCCUGACUGCCGUCGCUCAGUUCUUAGAUCCCUCUGCUGCUCUUGUUGCUAUCCGACAGCAGCAGCAGCAGCAAGGGCGUCAACACAAGGGAUGCCACUACCACCACUUCGAAGCAAAAGCCAUUCAGCGUCCGAGGACUGACAACAACAGCGACAGCACCAUCACAAGAAGAACUGAAUGGAGGAGGCAAGCUGCCGAUGGGGGACUGCCUCCGUGCGAUAUCGGGUUAGCGCUUGUUGCUGCUCCUUGCAAAGACGACUGCAUUUUUUUGAAAAUGCCAAGAACGUUGCAGUUCCGGCAAGAAGUUUGCGGAGAGGCAGUGUCGAGCAUGUCAGAAGCUGACAUGCGCGUGGACUGCUGCUGUUGCGCGUGCUGCCUCGCCAUGCAGCGCCUAGUGUCUUCGCACGCUUUGCUUGAAGCCUUUCCGAGCCGUUGGUCGACGGGGGCAGCCUCGACCGCAGCUGCAGCGGCAUCUUCCCUCGAGGCUGGCAAAAGCAUGCUGCUGCCUAUCUCCGCUGCAGCGUGUUGCGCGUUUACGUUCGCAGCAGCAGCAACGGCGGCAGGGGGUGCGUUGUGGCCUUUCUUGCGAGGCUGCAUGCACAAGCUAGUCACGCAUCCAUGCAUGUUGGUAGGUCCUUUCACACACGCCGCAGGCUGA